GACGAUCUUUGGCAGUGUCAACAUUACAGAGAUGAACAACAAGCAGCGGCGGUUAGCUGCUAAACAACUUAAUAACAGACGUGUGUUUUUCUCUCCUGUCCGACCGAGCACAUAAAGGAGAGCUGUGUGAAGGCAGCUGCAGCAGCGUCAAAAAUGGAGACAUAAACCCCCUGAUGGAGAGGAAGAGCUCCGAGGAUGACGGUGGUGGAGAGCGAGGCCUGCUCCAUACCUGGAAGGGCUACUCCUGCAGUGUCACCCCAGAAAGGCUGCUCCUCCCUGGGCCGGUCCUUCAGGUCGCCCUGGGAACACGGCAUGGCGUUCUGUUGGUUGAAGGAGGGCAGGUGUACAGUUUUGGGGAGUUACCAUGGAAGCAGAGUCAGGUGUCGGAGCCGUCGAAGCCCACCCUGGAGGGGGCGCUCAGCGGGCAGCGGGUGGUCAGCGUCGCAGCCGGAAGCUUCCACAGCGGGGCGGUGACGGAGGACGGGGGGGUCCACAUGUGGGGCGACAACAGCUCGGGACAGUGCGGCCUUUCGGGCCUCAGCAGCGUCCCCAACCCGACUCCGGUCGCUCUGCUGGACUCCGACAAUGCCCCCCCGCAGACGGUCCCGGUGCUGGAGCUAGCCUGCGGCGGGGGGCACACCCUGGCUCUGUCGGCGCAGCGGGAGGUGUGGGCCUGGGGCAGCGGCUCUCAGCUGGGCCUCAACGUCUCCGUCUUCCCCGUCUGGAAACCCCAGAAGGUGGAGCACUUGGCGGGCAGGUGUGUGUUACAGGUGGCCUGCGGGGCCUCACACAGCCUGGCUCUGGUGCGCUGCCUGGGCCCCCAGGACCUCCACCGGCCCCCUGUGGACAAAUGCAGACAGUGUCACCAGAUGCUGUACACCAUGACGGAUAAGGAGGACCACGUCAUCAUCUCUGACGGGCACUACUGCCCCCUCGGGGUAGAGCUGACGGAGGACGAGGCCCCUGCUCUUACACAAGGGCUCAAAACAGAGCCCCCCCUCCCCUCACACACCUCCCCCUCCCCUGACCCCUUCUCUGACCCCGCUCAGGACUCAGAGAGAGAACAGGAGUCAGCACUCGCAAAUGGAGGACCCCCAGCCUCAGGCUCUGACCCCUCGGCUGAAUCUAAAGAAGGAGGGGUUUCGGGGGUCAAGAGUUCACCGUAUCCAGAUGAGCAGGCCGUCAAAGAAUACCUGAAGAAGCUGACGGAGGCCGAGCAGGUCACCAAGCCCUCAGCAGGGGCUCUGACCUCCUCCAGCUCCACCCUCAACAGCCUGGUGGCCUCCUGCGCCUCCGCAGUGGGGGAGCGGGUCGCCUCCACCUACGAGGCCCUGUCGCUGAAGAAGAUGAUGACCUACCUCCCCUCAGGAGUGGCGAGGUCCGGCGUCCCCGCAGGGAUAACGGGGGUCUUGGUGGGCGACACCACCGCGGAGCGCGUCCGCCUCGAAGACUCCACCCAGGCCAAGAAGAGCUCCAGCACCGGGGACAUCCGCGAGGAGGAGGCGGAGGGUCUGCGCCGCCGCCUCUCUCUGCCGGGACUCCUCUCUCAGGGUAGAUACGCCGUUCACGUCUUAUCCAACUCCUAUACCCUGCUGCUGUCCCCGCGGCUGCUGAGGAGAGCCGGACGCCCCAGGAUGCGUGCAGUGGACCUCACCCCUCUGGGGGGGGCGUUCCCUGAGGCCCAGGAGGUGUUCCCCACCCUGCAGACGGAGGUGUGGAGCUGGGGUCAGGGCGAGGACGGACAGCUGGGGCAUGGAGACAAUCUGGCCAGGUUACAGCCUCUGUGCAUCAAGAGUCUGAACAGUAAGGAGGUGGUGCGGGUGGAGGCCGGCGCUCACCAUUCCCUCGCUCUCACUGCUCAGUCUCAGGUGUUUUCCUGGGGAAGUAACACUUCUGGUCAGCUGGGACACACGGAGUCACCCAGCACCGUCCCCCGGCUCGCAAAGCUAUCAGAGGGGAUCCGGGUCUGGGACGUGAGCGCCGGAGAGAAACACACCCUGCUGCUCGCAGACGGAGACUGCUACCGGCCAAUCAUCUACUACAGUGGGCAGCAGGUGAAGGAGGGGGCGGAGGAGAGCCACACCAAGGAGCAGGGUCAACAGCAGGAGGAGGGGGGGGAGGAGGAGCAGAGGGCGGGGGGCUACACCCGGCAGCCUGUACUGCUCCCUUUCUGCAUUGACCUCGGCUAUGUGAGCAACGUGUUUGCCGGCGGCCAGCGCUGCGUGGUGCUGCUGGACAGGAACGUGAUGGGCUUCAUCGCCAGCCUCCACGAGCUCGCCGCCGCCGAGAGGAAGUUCUACUGCAAGCUGAGCAACAUCAAGACGCAGAUAAUACGCCCCCUGCUGGAGCUAGAUUCCCUGUGCUCGGCCCUGGGUCCGGUGGUCCUCGGGCUGCUGCAGACGGUGGCGGGUAGGUUCAGUCUCCUGUGUCACCUGACCGGACAGCACGCCGCCAGCCUCACUGGGAACCUGCGGCGCGUCCGUGACGUCAAGAGCCUCCUCGUCCUCGAACACGCCGACAUCUUCCUCGACUCUUACAGCGAGUACUGCAGCGCUGUGGACAACUUGCAAGUGAUGGGGGGUUUCCAGACCCUGACCAAACCCUCAAUAGACUUAUUUGGGAAGAGUCCCGAGCUGCUGAAGAAGCUGUCUGAGUGCAGCGAGGAGACCCCCACCGUGGCCGACCUGCUGGGGGCGCUCUUCUACCUCCCGACUCGCCACAUGCAAGAGUACGGCCGCCUGCUGCUCAAACUGGCAACCUGCUUUGAAGUGAGCUCCGAUGACUACCAGAGGCUGCAGGACAGCUGCUCCAGCUUCGAAGCGUUGGCUCUUAAACUGAAGAGGAAGAGGAAGGACGCCGAAUACACCUUCCACUUCUGGAAGAGCUUCCCCGGCAAAAUGACGGACUCUCUGAGGAAGCCUCAUCGCCGGCUCAUCUGCGAGAGCAGCAACAAAGCGCUGACGCUGCAGAACGCCGGCAGGUUCUCCGUCAACUGGUUCAUCGUCUUCAACGACGCUCUGGUCCACGCGCAGGGCGUGUCACCUUGUAAAAAUCUCUUCUCCACCCAUCAUGUCUUCCCCUUGGCCACACUUUGGGUGGAGCCCAUCCCAGAGGAGAACAGCGGCCCGUAUGGGUUAAAGUUGAUCACACCAGAGGAGACGUUUGCCCUGCUCGCGUCCUCUCCCACGGAGAAGGCCAAGUGGCUCCGCUCCAUCAACCAGGCGGUGGAGCAGGCGCUGGGCGGGGCGGGGCAGGACACCGCCUCCAUCGGCUCCGGGUCCAGUCAGAAGACGGAGCCCCCCGUCUCCAGGACCGCCUCCUACACCUUCUGUAAGGAGGGGCGGCUGAAAGAGGCCAAGUAUGGAGGGCACUGGCUCUCAGGGAAGCCCAACGGCAGUGGCGUGUUGAAGUGGCCUGAUGGGAGAAUUUACACAGGGACGUUUAAGAACGGACUGGAAGAUGGCUUUGGUGAAUUUGUGGCUACCAACAAGACGCUCAACAAGAACGAUCAAUACCAAGGUCACUGGAAAGACGGCAAGAUGCACGGCCUCGGGACAUACAGCUAUGCCAGCGGCGAGGUGUACGACGGCUGCUUCCAGGACAGCAUGCGACACGGACACGGCAUGCUGCGCAGCGGGAAGCUCAACACCUCCUCCCCCAGCGUCUUCAUCGGACAGUGGCUGCAGGACAAGAAGACCGGAUACGGAGUCUUCGAUGAUAUCACAAAAGGAGAGAAGUACAUGGGCAUGUGGCAGGAUCACCAGCGACAGGGCAACGGGGUCGUGGUCACUCAGUUUGGACUUUAUUACGAAGGAGCCUUCAAAGAAAAUAAGAUGAUGGGUACCGGGAUCCUGCUGUCCGAGGACGACACCACAUACGAGGGGGAAUUCUCUGAUGACUGGACCCUCAACGGAAAGGGUGUGCUCACCAUGCCAAAUGCUGAUUACCUGGAGGGCUCCUUUAACGGGGAAUGGGGCUCCGGCCUCAAAGUGACGGGCUCCUACUUCAAACCUCACCUGUUCGACACGGACAAGGACAAAAGCCGCGACGUGAAGCUGGGACGUCUGUGUGUGUGCGCGGAGGACAAGUGGCAGGCGGUGUUCGAGGAGUGCUGGAGUGAGCUGGGCUGUGAGACCCCAGGCCAAGGAGAGAACGGGAAGGCUUGGGAGAACAUCGCCGUGGCCCUCACAACCAGCCGGAGACUCAUCCAGGACAGUCCGGAAGCGUUGUCUCGAAGUCACAGCAGGACCCUGGAGAGUCUGGAGGUGAUCCCGCAGCACGAAGGACCAAUCACCAUGGAGAGAUAUCACACCAUCCGACUCUACCUCAUCAAGGCGUGUGACACCCCCCUCCACUCUCUGGGCCGGCUGCUGGAGACCCUGGUGGCGGUGUACAGGAUGACCUACGUGGGCGUGGGAGCCAAUCGUCGGCUGCUGCCUCAGGCGGUCAACGAGAUCAAGUCGUACCUCAACCGCAUCUUCCUCAUCGUCAGGUUUUUAUUCCCAGACCUGCCAGAAGAGGGCGGUCUAAUUCCAGAGCCGACCACCAACCUCCAGGACAAGAGGGAGCCGGGCUCCAGCGAUGCCCAUCUAGAGUCACCUAAACCUGGCCGUGUGGUGAGCAGCUCGGCUCUGCUGCUCCCCGUCCUGCUCCCUCGCCUCUACCCCCCCCUCUUCACCCUCUACGCUCUGGACAAGGAGAAAGAGGACGACGUGUACUGGGAGUGUGUGCUCCGCCUCAACAAGCAGCCCGACCUCGCCCUGCUCGCCUUCCUCGGGGUCCAGCAGAAGUUCUGGCCGGUUUCCAUUCCCACAUCCAUGCCUGAACUGGCAGAGAAGCAGCAGGUCCUGUCCAGCACUAAGGACGCCUGCUUCGCCUCGGCAGUGGAAACACUACAACAGAUCAGCACAACCUUCACCCCGUCAGACAAGCUGCAGGUGAUCCAGCUCACCUUCGAGGAGAUCACUCAGACCGUGCAGUCGCUGCUGAAGCAGGACUUCCUGUGGUCCAUGGACGACCUUUUCCCCGUCUUCCUCUACGUGGUGCUGCGCGCAAGAAUCCGAAAUUUGGGGUCAGAGGUCAGCCUGAUUGAAGACCUGAUGGACCCCUGCGUGCAGCACGGAGAGCACGGUAUCAUGUUCACCACACUCAAGGCGUGUUACUACCAGAUCCAGCAUGAGAAGAUCACCUAAGAAAUGAUUGGGCGUAAACUUCCUGCUGUCCCAACCCACAAUCUCGGCCAACCAGAGAGCCAGGAUCAGCCAGGCUUCAGGAGGACGGACCGGAGCACCAACUAAUGGGAAGCGAAGGAUCAUAUGAACAGGUUGCCCACAGCUCCAUCUGCUGCUGUCAUGGAGACGGGCACACAAACACACACAGUCUCCUUUUUUUUUUUUACCCUCUGAUGAAUCAUGGAAAUGUGAAUAUUGUGUGUGUUGAGCCACUACAUGCCGUCCAGUUGAAACCGGUCCGACUGACUUCCUGUGGGGAAUCCUGAGGAAGGGGACGUUGUUACCUGGGAGGAAAUUCAAGCUUGAACGAUUUUCUUUUCAGUGCCAAUGGACCAAGUUGGCUCUUGAGUUUCUCUGCACACUGUGAGAUAUGGCACCUAUUUUUCUUCUGUGAAAUACAUCUAUUUUUCCGCACGAAACAAACACUUUAUGGCACAGACAACGUUCCUUUUUAACCUCCAGUGUUUCAGCCAGUUACUAUCUGAAUAAAUCCCUUGAAAGCACGUCACUUUAAGAAACUGACACACUAUUUACGAAGCGUCCGGGACAUCGAUAUGUUUACAGCUAGCUCAAUUUCCUCCACUAACACAAAACAAACUUCAACAACUGACAUACAUAUGAUUCAUGCUUUACCUCAAGUGUUUUCAAACCGUUUGACAAGAGAAUAGACCCCAAGGAUAACUUGAUGGUUUAACCUCGCCCGGUUAUCUUUGUACCUGUAUCUCUGUUUGAUACUGUAACAUAAACUGGCUUGGCUAUUAUUCUAAAAUGACAUCUCCUGUUUGGCAGCCAAUCAGUGACUCCGAUUUCCCAAACAUUUAUCGCCACAAACACUGACAGUUUCUAUGAGAUAAAUCACAACCAGGACUUGUUGAAGAUUUGGCACAUGUGAUUCUUAAAGCAACAUGCACAUGUUUCUCAGUUUUAACAAGUAAGUGUUCCUUUCAUAUGAAGCAAAAAUCUUCCUUUUCUGAAGCCAAAUAAUCCAUUUUAGAGCAGAAAGCUGGAAACAGGGUUGCCAUAAUUAACAUGAAUUAAUGCUAACAUGUUUUAUGCACUCAAUGCAUGUAAUGUUGUUGGAUUAGUAAACUGCAGGUCGCUUCACAUCCCCUUUAUUCCCACUAAAAUCCAAGAGGAAAAUAUACUUUGAGAGACACUCAUGGCCCUGAAAUGAAUCAUAAGAGUUUGUAUGAACUGUUUGUGACGGUAACAGUGUUCAUUACAGGCAGGGAGAACAAUUGGCACAUCAAUCAGGAAACUACAGCUCUAACCGUCAGACAAUGUCGCUUAUUUGUGAUAUGCGUCACACAUGUGAGUUUAUGAAAGGGCUUAAGAGGGGAUUCAGAGGGAUCCCAGCCGUCAUUUUUAAUAUCAUGGCUUUUGUGUUCUCACAUGGUUUAACAAUUGCAAAGCCCGCGGAUCAGAAGCCUCGUUUUAAAGGGAUACAUUUAGGUGAAGCUGCUCUUUUCCCCAGAGGAUUAUUAAUAUCUACGGAAAGCGGGCAAAAAAAUGAUUUGAAUUGAAAGCUGCAUGUCCUUAACUACAAACGUUCAUCUUUGGCUGUUAAACUGAUAGAAGUGUGUUCUUUGGGAAUGUUGAAGACAGAGCUUCGAACUGUUAGGAUAUUAUUAAGACUCUUCCACGGUUUGAGCUCUUUUCUGCUGAGACCGUUUGUGCCUGACGAUCUUCUUCAAGGAUUUCAUUCCCAAAAUGCAACACUUGAGGCAAAAAGAAAAACAUUCCUCCAUUGUGAAAUGAUGAGACAUCUUUAUUGAACUGAGAGACAUGACUUCAUGUUCAGUGUUAAUGUGUGACUUUUUUAAAUGUCGAAGGAUAAAGUGGUAUUUUCAAUUGACGUAAAAACUGACUUUCAACCAAACUACUCAUACAAAACUGCACGUUUAUGGAAACGGUUAACUGACUCAAAUACAUGAAGUGUUAUUUUAAAUCCGCUCUGAAUGGUUAUCGAUAUAAACUGAAGGUUAUUGUUCAUAAGCUCAUGUUGGGUUCAUGACCUCGACACAUGUUUACUAUUAACAACAGGUCUAAUGUUCCUUCAUUCUGUGUUCAAAUGACUGUUUUCUCACUUUGAUGUUCGAGCUGGCUGACUCCCACUUUGUUUGUCUUUUACAAUGUAUUGUACCUGUAAAUACUUACAGAGGGCAAUAAACUAUUCGAUGGAUGUUGCUACUACCUAA